UUUUCUUUCUUCCAAACCCAACACACAUUUCUCCUUACAUACACACUCUCUCUCUUCAAGUCUCCGGUCGUUGCUCGUUACCUCUGUCUCCUUAACCAACCUCCUCUCUCCCUCACAUCCCACGAAACGCGUCCAUUUUUUUUUUUAAAAUUUAUACCGUUUCUCUCCCAAAUUCUGAUCAUUUUUACAAUCAUCUGAUCGAAACGUUUCUCCUUUUUCCCCGUUUCUUCACUAGAUCGGCAACUGUAAUUGUAAUUCAAAUUCAAAAGCAGAUAAAACGUUUCUUUUGUUUUUCCGUUUCUGUUUUUUCAAUGUUUCGGUUUUGAACCAGAAAAAUCAGAGAGAUCUAACAGAAAAAACUGAAAAUGGCGAGGACUAGUAGAUCGUCUGUGAGCAAAUGGAGGUACUGUCAGCCGUCGUAUUAUCUAAAACGACCUCAACGCUUGGCUUUGUUGUUCAUUGCUUUCGUUUGUUGCUCUCUCUUCGUUUGGGAUCGUCAAACUUUGACCAGAGAGCACGAGGUAGAAGUUUCCAAGUUAACUGAAGAAUUGACCACUUUGCGGAAUUUGUUGGAAGAAAUAAAGAAUGCUCAUGGUGAUGCACUUGGGAAGAUUAAUAUUGGUGGUGAGCUCCCCAAGAAAGAGGUUCCAGAAGAUCCAAUAGAAAUUGAGCGAAGACAGAAAGUAAAAGAAGCCAUGCUUCAUGCAUGGAGUUCAUAUGAGCAGUAUGCGUGGGGCCAAGAUGAACUUCAGCCACAGUCAAAGAAUGGUGUCAAUAGCUUUGGUGGUCUUGGAGCAACUCUAAUAGACUCACUUGAUACAUUGUAUAUCAUGGGUCUUGAGGAGCAGUUCCAGAAAGCUAGGGAGUGGGUUGCAAAUUCAUUGGAUUUUAACAAGGAUUAUGAGGCUAGCGUUUUUGAGACAACCAUAAGAGUUGUUGGUGGACUACUUAGUGCAUAUGAUCUUUCAAAUGACCAAGUUUUCCUCGACAAGGCUAAGGAUAUUGCUGAUAGAUUACUUCCUGCAUGGGAUACACCUUCUGGGAUCCCUUAUAACAUAAUUAACCUGGCACAUGGAAGGCCACACAACCCUGGAUGGACGGGGGGGGAAAGUAUCCUUGCAGAUUCUGGCACAGAGCAGCUGGAGUUUAUUGCUCUAUCUCAGAGGACAGGAGACCCAAAGUAUCAGCAGAAGGUGGAGAAUGUUAUAGCACAGAUUAAUAAAACUUUUCCGGAUGAUGGCUUGCUUCCUAUCUAUAUUAGUCCGCAAAGAGGAACAUCACAAUACUCUACCAUAACCUUUGGUGCUAUGGGUGACAGCUUUUAUGAAUACUUGCUCAAAGUUUGGAUACAGGGGAAUAAGACUCCUGCUGUGAAGCUUUAUAGAGAAAUGUGGGAGAAAUCAAUGAAAGGUCUAUUAAGCUUGAUUAGGAGAACAACACCAUCAUCUUUUACAUAUAUCUGUGAGAAGAAUGGGGAUUCUCUGUCAGACAAGAUGGAUGAAUUAGCCUGCUUUGCUCCAGGAAUGUUGGCUUUAGGAUCAUCUGGUUAUGGUCCUGAUGGCUCGCAAAAAUUCUUGUCACUUGCAGAAGAGCUUGCUUGGACCUGCUACAACUUCUAUCAGUCAACACCAACAAAAUUGGCUGGGGAGAAUUAUUUCUUUCAUUCUGGGCAGGACAUGACUGUGGGCACAUCAUGGAACAUUUUGAGACCCGAGACAGUUGAGUCACUCUUUUACCUCUGGCGUUUGACUGGCAACAAGACAUACCAAGAGUGGGGUUGGAAUAUAUUUCAAGCAUUUGAAAAGAAUUCCCGCAUAGAGUCUGGAUAUGUUGGAUUGAAAGAUGUUAAUACUGGUGUCAAGGACAAUAAGAUGCAAAGCUUCUUUCUCGCAGAAACUCUCAAAUAUCUGUAUCUCCUUUUCUCACCCCCUUCAGUCAUCUCAUUAGAUGAAUGGGUUUUCAACACUGAAGCUCACCCUCUGAAAAUUGUGGCCCGGAAUGAUGGGGGAUUUGUUGGAAAAUCAGAUGGGAACAAUAUACCAAUGACUAGAUUUCGUGGCAGGAAAGAAGGUCGAUCAGGCUAAUUAUUAGGAAUCAUUAAUAGUUUAUUAUUUUCGGUUGAACCCUUUCUGUAAUUUCCGGCUCAAGGAGGUGAAAGAGCCAAAGGGUUCGAUGCACUUGAAAUUUGAUGUCAGCUAUUCCUAUUACGGUAUAAUGCAGCUCAACAAAUUUCACGUGUAGGUUGAACUUGUACUCUACAUUAAAAUAUGCGGGUGCCCUUCUUUUACAAUGAUGGAUUUGUAACAUAGGAAAUAGGUCAUUCUCUACAGUUACAGUACUAUUACCGGUUGUAGGAAAAGGGGUUUUUGCCCUAAAAGCCUUUUUGAUGGGUAGCCAUUUGUAAUUUUAAGAUAUUUGGGUUUUUUACCCUUUACAUUUGGGAAUCAUCGUUGAAUUUUAA